AUAUUAUGGUGAUCAUCUUCGAAUUUAGGACUGUUCCAGUGGCAUUCAUGUAGUUUUCCUUCUGAUUCAGUGGUUUUUUCGUGGAAUCACACAAUAUAAACCGAGUGCUUGCCCAUUAGUGCUGCCUCUCUCACUUGUGGCAUAUGUACAUGAAAAUGCAGAAUCUUAAUGUGCUACUUGUUGUGGUGCUAUUCUUCGCAACCUGUCACACCUCUUUGUCCAUCACUGAUGGUCUAUUGCCAAAUGGAGAUUUCGAGCAUGGCCCCAAAGCAUCAGAUUUGAAAGGUUCAGUAAUCACUGGCCACAAUGCCAUUCCCAAUUGGACAACCACAGGCUUUGUUGAGUACAUAAAAUCAGGGCAGAAACAGGGUGACAUGCUGCUGAUUGUGCCUGAGGGGACCUAUGCUGUUAGGCUUGGCAAUGAAGCUUCCAUCAAGCAGAAGAUCCAGCUAGAGAAGGGGAAAUUCUACUCCUUAACGUUCAGCGCCGCCCGAACCUGCGCACAGGAGGAGAAGCUGAACGUGUCUGUGGUGCCAACCACUGAGAAGAGUGAUUGGGGUGUGUUUCCCGUUCAGACCAUGUAUGGUAGCAAUGGUUGGGACUCUUAUGCUUGUGGGUUCAAAGCAGAUUACCCUGAAUUGGAAAUUGUGAUCCAUAACCCUGGCAUGGAGGAGGAUCCAGCUUGUGGUCCACUUAUUGAUUCUGUUGCCUUGAAGACUUUGAACCCUCCUAGACGAACCAGAGAUAAUUUGCUGAAAAAUGGAAACUUUGAAGAAGGUCCAUACAUGUUCCCAAACACAUCAUGGGGUGUUCUGAUCCCACCCCACAUUGAAGACGCCCACAGUCCCCUACCUGGAUGGAUGGUGGAGUCUCUCAAGGCCGUAAAAUACAUCGAUUCCAACCACUUCGCGGUGCCGGCCGGAAAAAGAGCCGUUGAGCUCGUCGCCGGGAAGGAGAGUGUCAUAGCACAAAAUGUCAAAACAACCAUUGGCAAGGUUUACGUCCUCACUUUUGCCGUCGGUGACGCCAACAAUUCAUGUGAAGGUUCCAUGGUGGUUGAAGCAUUUGCUGGCGGAGACACUGUCCAAGUCCCAUAUCAAUCUAAGGGUAAAGGAGGGUUUGUUCGAGGGAAGCUUCGGUUCAAGGCUGUGUCAGCACGCACCCGUGUGAGGUUCUUGAGCACGUUCUACACCAUGAAGAAUGAUAAUUCUGGUUCACUUUGUGGACCUGUAAUUGAUGAUAUAAGGUUGCUUAGUGUAAGGUACCCCGGGAGAGCUUGAUCAGAUUACAUAGUUCACUAAGAAUUCAAAAUCCACGUACUUUACUUUGAUUCAUUUAGUAGUUGAGCAUAUGUCCUGCAAGUUUAAUUUCUUUUGUAUUAAUAUAGGGGUAUUUGUUUAGUGGUUUGGGACUUUGGGUCUUUGUGUCCUUCUAUUUUCAUCUAUUUACAUGUACCUUUUAGGGAGACUAUUCUAAAAAAUGAUUAUUAUUAAAAAUAAAACCAAUUUUAGAAAAACAAA